AACCAACUGGUAUCACAUCCAUGCCAGCUUUGAGUACUCCAAGCAAUAAACCAUAUAACACUAGGUCUGGCAAUAUCCAAAUACAAAAUGUCCAUGGACUACAAACCAAAACUCAACCAGCUCUCCAGAACUCAACAGUUAUAAAACCACUGACUACAUCGAUAAAGGCAAAACCAGUACGAACGGUUCCCAAAGUGAUAUCAUACACGCCUCCUGUCAAGCUCGACCCACCCCCACCUCCACCACCUGCACUUAAAAUUUUGAAGAACAAGAGUUUGCUGUGUAAGCCGUUCACUCAGACUAAGGCCAUAUCUUGUAAGCCACGCCAGUCUAAUAAAGGAACCAAUACAGGUGAAGAUUUUCGACCUAAGGUAAUUUUGAUUCCAGUUCCUGUUCCCAUUUAUGUGCCAGUACCUGUUCAGAUGUACAAUUCAUAUGUACCAACACCCAUCCCUACACCAUUGCCUGUCCCUGUACCAAUGUGGUUACCUGUAGCCAGUAAUAAUGCUGAUAAACUGUUGAAAACUAUUGAUAAUAUAAAAGAGAGACUCCAUCAGAUCCUUUAGAGGCUGAAUUGUUAAUGAUGGCGGAGGCCAUUGCAGGAGAAAAUAAAGCUGUGA